UUAAAAUACGUUUUAAACUGCAUUCAGAUUAAGACAAUGUCUACAUGUAUAUAUUAAAUCAAGAGAAGAAACGUACUUUAAAAGAAAAGUAAGAAAGGCCAAGCAAGAAUAUCUUUCGUUACAUGGCGGACUUUAAUGCCACUUUUCUCUAUUUUUCCACAGAAGACAUUUUGGAUCCUUCCUCUGAAUCGUCAGAAAAAAGCAAAGAGCAAGGUCGUUUAAAAUCAAUGCCCUUAGAAAACACAUCCUCUAAGGGUAAUCUUGGUCGACAAACUGAAAAAGGACCUACUGUUUAUUAUUCUGGAGAAAAUUUGGGACCCGGAAAUCAGACUGGUACAGAGCACAGCAAGGGUAAUGAUUUCAGACAAAAUGCAACCUUCAUCCAAACUGGCAACAAAACGGAGGAGGAGAGAAAAAAAGAAAAGACUUCUAUGAGAGAUCAAUUCUCACAUAAUUCCGAGGAUAAUGCUAGUGUUUCUAAAAUAUUAGUGUCGAAAUCGACCCGUUCAUCAAUUGUUGAAAACACCAAAGACGUUUAUCUCCAAUACAAAACACAGGAGGAUGAAACGUUCUUUUUUGUUUGUGACAUUCGUUGUAUCCCUGAAGAAUAUCUAAGGAAACCCCACCCUAAUUCAGACGGAGACGAUAUCUGGGCGGAUCCUGAGUUUCCAUUUCCACCAAUAGAUAUUUUUUCCCAAGGGACCACCUGGGUUAGGUCUAAGGAAUUGAUAGAAAACCCUGUAUUAUUUCAAAAAGCUCUGUCUUGUGUUACAGUUUUUAAGGGAUGCUUUGAUACAGCAAAGUUUUUGGUAACUUUUUUAACUGUAAUGGAAAACAACCUGUUAUUUUCGAAGGUUUAUAAGUCUCCUAGUAGUUCAGAAGAAAACAAGAGAUUUUAUGGUGUUGUUCACUUCCGGUUCUGGUAUUUUGGUCAGUGGGUGGACGUCUACGUUGAUGACAAAAUACCUGUUCAGGAAGGGUGUUUAGUGAUGACGUCUCAUUCAGCUUCUUUCACAAACGACAUUGGAAUCACAAUGGCUGAGAAAGCUUAUGCAAAGUUCAUAGGAAGCUAUAAGAACAUGGAGAAGAUGGAAUUUGAUGACUUUUUUCAUGGACUGACCGGAGGAUAUGCCGUGCAGUAUAAAUUUAGAUUUCCUGUCCACGGAUCACAGGUUUUCAGCAAAAUCAGAGAUGCCCUUGACAGUGGAGCAUAUAUUUUUUGCUCUGUUAAGAGUAUUAAAUCGUACUUUUUUGGAUUAGAGGAGAAUAAGGAGUAUUCCAUUAUCGGGACCUUAGAAAUUACGACUUACUUAAAUGAACACGUCUGUCUAGUAAAACUGAGGAACAUCUGGAGUGGUUUUGAAUGGACGGGACCUUGGAGUCAUGGGAGUUCUGAAUGGGCUAAAUGUCCAUUCGAUGUAUAUAAGCGUUAUGUUGCACACAGUGAUGAGAAGUGUUUCUUCUACAUGGAUGUGAAUGAUUUUCUAGAGUACUUUGAAGGCUUCACCAUUGGGAGUGUCAUUCCAGAUUUUAAAUUCAAUGGGCCAAGUAAUAUGGAUUACCACGUCAGUAUCUACGGAGAAUGGCGGGGACAUACUGCAGCAUCGUUCACAAAUCACCUGAAUAACCCCAAAAUCCAGUUUACUGUCUCCAAAGAAGAAAACCUUGGGAAGCAUUUAUUUGACGUGGGUAUCAUUUUGACUCAGAAAAUUAUCAACAAGGAGAAACCAUAUGGAAUUCAUUGUAGUUUAUUGAAGGUUGUAGAUACACCUACAGAUGGUACAUAUAUUGUAAAGUAUAUCGGUCAGAAAAUGGAAUACUAUACACAAGAACAAGUCGCAAUUCGACAGAAUUUGUCGCACGGAUUAUAUGUAAUAGUGCCAUCUACCGAAAAAAAUGGUCAGGAACGACAAUUUCUCAUCAGAGUUUUCAGCGAGGAAGCUCUACAUAAUAUUGGGUCGCUCCCUGAGAGCAGACGACUGGUGUUGUGUGGAGAAGAGGGGUUGUACCAGGAAGAAGAUACAUAAUGUUCACAGUUUCACUGCCGAUCUUUAGCGCCAUUUGCCUCCUUUAAUACAAAGAGAGCUGAAACAUUUUUUUCUAAGACAAUAAUUUUAUAAUCACCUAAUUAAACUGCAGAGCUACAAACAAGGAGCUUCCAGAGAGAUUUUACUAUACAAAGUGUUUAUUUUCCUACAAAAAGUUAAUAAGGUUAAUCAGUCUAAGUAUUAAGAAUUGUUUUGAGUUGCAAGAACACAUUGAAGAAUGUCAUGAAACACUCUAUUAAUAUUAAAUUUCUGUACUUAUAUAACAUUGUAUAAGGAAAACAAUCCGUACAUAAUUGUAACAAAUCAUCUAACAUGAAUUAGAUCAAUGAUUUAUGUCAUAGCUAUCAAUUCUGGGUAUAGCAGCAGAGAACACACAUGUUACUAUCCAUUGUAUUAAAGUUCUUGAUUUUUUUUUUUACUUAUAAAUUGCAUAUGGUCAGUAAUAUGACAGCUAAAUUCAGGAUAUGAUUUGAAGUUAUGAAAUAAAUUUA